AUGCUUGGUUGGGCCAGAUGGGGUGCACAGUUGCACCCAAUCGCUGAUGCAGACCCUGUUGAGGCGGGCCACGGGGGCCGCCGUGGACGUCGAUCCGAUGGUGGCCCACUUCCACGACAUCUUCGCCGGGCCUUCAAUGAGGAUCUUGGGAUCGAGCAGGCAGUGCUGAGGCAGCCGCGUCCCAGUCACCCGCCCACCUCCGUGGAUUCCUGCGCAGCAUGUUCGGUGGGGUUGACGUCCGGGGGCGAGCCGGGGUUCCAUGUCCGCGUCGGCGUGAUCGCGGAGCGCCUGCCACAGGUCGGACCCUCCCCGUUGGUGGAGGAGGAGAUGCUGGACCUUUUAUAUCCAAGAGUACUCCCGUACGGGUCUGCACGGCCCGAUGAACUGGUACCGCACGCGCAUUCUCAACGGUGA